AUGAUCCUUGAAGCAAUCGUUGACCACAGUCUUUGGAUUAGGCAUGCUCACUUUGGCGUGGCGGGGUCCAACAACGACAUCAAUGUGCUGAACUCGUCCAGUCUCUUCACCGAGCAAUGCAAUGGCAACGGUCCGGUUAUCAGCUUCACUGCCAACGGACGAAAGCAUCAUAUGGGGUACUACUUAGCCGACGGCAUUUACCCGAGAUGGCCAGUUUUCUUGAAGAUGAUCUCCUGCCCAACGGGUGCGAGGAGAGAGUUUUUUGCGGCAAAGCAGGAGGCUGCACGGAAGGACAUGCUGCGAGGAUUCGGUGUGCUUCAAGCGCGUUGGGGAAUAGUGAAAGGCCCGGCUCGUUCCUGGUACAGGCAUCAUAUCGCCAAUGUCAUGUACGCGUGCAUCAUCUUGCACAACAUGAUUAUUCACGAUGAAGGUCGUGCAGCUAGCCAGUGGUCCGACGAUGAAGCCGCUCCGAGCGCAGGUCAUGCAGCCCCGCCUGUCGUUCAGCGAGAGAUUACAAGCUCAGGAGAGCAUGCGCAACCAACAAGCUCAUCUUGA